GAACGCCGCGCGACCAGUAGCGAAUCGAUCUCCCCGGUCGAGUCAUUCCAGUCGAGCGAUACUUUACGUAUUUACGUCGCGCCCGCGACUUUCUUUCCGCAACCGUCCCCGAGUAUAUCGAAUCUCGUGAACUAUGUCCGAGGCAUACGUCGACGAAUACGAGCACUUCAACUACGACUACGACAAGCACAUCUUCACCUCGCACGGCGGUAAGCAGAGGAGCAAACGCGAGGCUGUCGCGCACACGAAUCACUUCGACCCGAGCGGCCAUUCCAGAAAGCUUCUCACCAAGCUGAUGAACACCGAGCACAACAAACGGCAGACGACGAGCAAGAGCAAGGCAUAAAAGAUUACGGACGUUCCUAUUCUCGCGGCCGGCGUCUUCAAGGAUCUCAUCUCACAGGGUUUUCUCACCUAAGGCGACCGGAAUAAAAAUAUAUAUAUUCUUUUGUUUUUACUAUCGAGAAUGCAUUUAGUCGUAGAUUCUUACUCAACGUAAGAUCGGCACGAUAGUUCGUACCUCAUCGUUAUCUUUUAUUAUGUCAAAAACACGGCAAUCACGUUAUUUGUGAGAGUACAAAAUAACGUAUGUCGCACUUCGCUGCUUUGCGUGAAUCUGGAAUUCGCAUGACAUUCUUUUUUUUUCUUGACUAGGAUAAUGUGGUGAUACUAUAUUAAUUUUUGCAUGUGCUAUUGUUAAAUUCGUCGAUAAGUUAUAAUCGAUUGAAUUUCUAUUGUACGAUUAUGAAAAAUAAAAUUUAUGUUCUAAUAAUAACAAUAAGUGAAUUAAAGUCGUUAAUUCAAGUUUUUUGUUAUAAACAAUUAUGAUGUGAUGAUGUCUUUUGUUAUAUAUGCGUGCGUUUUAUUUGCAUACAUUAUAAUAAUGAAUAAUCGUUGUUAAAAGGAAUAGAGAAAAAUUUUGCUAUCGGCUCCUUAUAUCUCUAGUGAUACAUUACGUCAUUAAUACAUUAUGACAUUAAUACAUUACGAUAUUAAUACAUUAUGACAUAUUCCAAAAAAACGUGUGUAAAGAAAGCUAAAUAAUCGAAUUCGAAAAUUCAUUAUAUUGAUGUUCAAUUAAUAUCAGAUUGCCCGCAUAUUGUGAUCGACGAUGUAUAUUAUUAUUGAUUCAGAAUUGAUAUAUUCUUCAAUUAGUUCUUCGCACGAGAAAAUUAUCUAGUAUUGACAUAUAAAUAUUAUGGUACGAUUACAUAAAAAGAACUGUGAAAUAAAGAUAAUUUCUAAUUGA